UCAGCAAGAAGAGGAGGAUUGGCAGCAGAUGUUAGCUCAGGGCUAAUCUUCCUCAAAAGAAAAUAAAAAUAAACAAGGGAGAGGUGCGACACAGAUGUUUCAGGAAGGUCACUUUGGUGUCAUACAGAGAGUGGACUGGAGGAGACAGCCUGGAGGCAUGAGACCACUCAGAGGGCUCUUACAUCCUCCAGCUGAGAGAUGACAGUGGCCUGAGCCAGGGUGUCAGUCGGGGAGAUGGAAGAGGAGGGCAAAGUGGCCAUCUGCUUGGGAGGUGGAGCAGUCAAGACUUGCGGAAGGAUCGCAGUUUGUGGGGUGAGGGAGAGGCUGCUGUCAAGGAUGACUCCCAGUGAUCUAAAUGCCUGGAUAGAAGUGGUGUCAUUUGCAUUGAUUCUCCUCCCAGGAAGGGGGAAGGGAAGAAUUACUCCCCGCCCCCCACCCCGGUGCUCUAGGGAGGGGCCGGCUGAGAGCAAGGAGAAGGAGAAACAGAGUAGGGUCCAGAAUUGCAGGCCAGGAGCCGGAGGGCAAGGGGGCCCGCAGACAAAUACAGCCUACUCACCGUAGACGGCACGAGAGGGGCAAGACCAGGCCGGCCCUACAGGAACGCAGGGAUGCCCAGGGUCCUACACAGAACCUUGGUGCGGGGGGACUGGAGGUCAGCGAGCCCGUGCAGGUGAUUCCCUCCCACCUUACACACGUGGGGACUGAGGCCCUGGGCAAGGGGCAGACCUCCCCGCUGAUGAACCCUUCCUUUUGCACAGUCCCGGAGUCUUUUUCAAACGGCCCCAUAAGCAGGAAACGUUUCCAGCACUUCGCAGCACUGCCCCUCAUUGCUUGGCAGCCCCCACCCCUCUGCGAGGCUCACAGACCCACUUCCGCCUCCAAGGGCAAAGCCCCCCGCUGAGCCUUUACUCUCGCUCUUCCCGUGCCAGGUAGCCCUUCCGCCCCCUUCUACCCGGGGAAUCUUCUGUUCUUCAAGGCUCAAUGAAGGAUCCUCAAAGCCAGAGUGAACGGCAACGUCCCACCCCGGGAUCCUGCAGCAAGCUGCUUCAGUCUCUUUUUAGCGCUGCUGGUUGCUGCCAGUGUCCGAGUCCCCGGCCCGGACUGGGUGCGCACGGUCUCGCUUCGACCCGGUCGCCCCGACGACGCCCAGGAAAUCCGUCCUAAAUCAGUGACCCAGGAGUGCGGGCCCGCACGGCUCAGGACUCCGAGCCAAGGGCUCGCUCCCCCGCAGCGGCACCUCGUGUCCCGGGCCGCGUCCUCUGUGCUCCCCGCGUUCGCGGGCGCAGCCGCCGGGACCCCAGGGGCGCGGGAGGCCGGGCGGGCCGGGACUGCGGGGACCUGCAAGCGCGGCCGGCGCCGGGCGCUCCCCGCUCACGUGACCGGGGCCCGCCCCGCUCCAACUCCGUCACGUGACGGCGGGGCGGGCGAGCGUUUUUCUCACGUGACGGAGGCGCGGGUGUGUGGACCAAUGAGGACGCGGGGGCGGGCCCGCCGGGGGCGGCGCGCGGGAAGGGAGCCCCCGCAUCGGCGGCGGGCGGCGGGGGAGACCCGGAGGGGGCCAGCCGCCAGUCUCAGCCCGCUCGCAGGCCAGGCCCGGGCUCGGGCUGGGGCAGCAUGAAGUGUCUGGUCACGGGCGGCAACGUGAAGGUGCUGGGCAAGGCUGUCCACUCCCUGUCCCGCAUCGGGGACGAGCUCUACCUGGAGCCCCUGGAGGACGGGCUCUCCCUCCGGACGGUGAACUCCUCCCGCUCGGCCUAUGCCUGCUUCCUCUUUGCCCCGCUCUUCUUCCAGCAGUACCAGGUGGCCACCUCUGGUCAGGACCCCCUGCGCUGUAAGAUCCUGAUGAAGUCGUUCCUGUCCGUCUUCCGCUCUCUGGCGAUGCUGGAGAAGACUGUGGAGAAAUGCUGCAUCUCCCUGAAUGGCCGGAGCAGCCGCCUGGUGGUCCAGCUGCACUGCAAAUACGGGGUGAGGAAAACUCACAACCUGUCCUUCCAGGACUGCGAGUCCCUGCAGGCUGUCUUCGACCCGGCCUUGUGCCCCCACGUGCUCCGUGCCCCAGCAAGGGUCCUAGGGGAGGCUGUUCUGCCCUUCCCCCCUGCCCUGGCCGAAGUGACGCUGGGCAUUGGCCAUGGCCGCAGGGUCAUCCUGCGUAGCUACCAGGAGGAGGAGGCAGACAGCACCAUCAAAGCCAUGGUGACUGAGAUGAGCAUCGGGGAGGAGGAUUUCCAGCAGCUGCAGGCCCAAGAAGGAGUGGCCAUCACUUUCUGCCUCAAGGAACUCCGGGGGCUCCUGAGCUUCGCGGAGUCAGCAAACUUGUCUCUCAGCAUUCACUUCGAUGCUCCGGGCAGGCCAGCCAUCUUUGCCAUUGAGGACUCUCUGCUGAACGGCCACUUUGUCCUGGCCACGCUCUCGGAGCCGUACCCGCACUCCCAGGACCUGCGCUCCCCGGAGCUCUGCCGGCCAGCGCCACAGCUCCAGGCGCACAGCACACCCCUCCUGGAUGACUUUGCCAAUGACGACAUUGACUCUUAUAUGAUUGCCAUGGAAACCACCGUGGGCUGUGAGGGCUCCCGGGCACUGCCCUCCCUCUCCCUUCCACCUGGCCUCCAGCCCCCUUGUAGCCCUGGCCCCCACUCAGAGGAGGAGGAAGACGAAGACGAGCCCAGUACAGUGCCUGGGACUCCCCCACCCAAGAAGUUCCGUUCCCUGUUCUUUGGCUCCAUCCUGGCCCCUGCACACUCUCCCCAGGGCCCCAGACCUGUGCUUGCUGAAGACAGCGAGGGCGAAGGCUGAACUGACAUCCUCAAGUCUGUGUCAAGAGGCCCUGGGCGAGAUGCAGCCACAGCCUCCCCUUGCCCCGGCACUGGCCAGGGGCAGGGCUGGGUCUCCGCCCUGGUGGGUGGUAAAACUCAGCUGGCUGGUCCUGCUGCCUCCUCAGGCCCCGCCUGGCUAUUGGUGACUGGCCCUCCAACCCCCAACCAAUCAUGUCUGUUCCCAGGCUUGGCACUGAGCUGCCACCUGACAGGAGGUCCUUCACUUCUUAUUCCAACCAUGUGUCCAGGGCUAGACCCCUGCCUUCUUAAGCCCACCUCCCUAAGAAAAAAAUCACAAUGGGGCUGCUGGCCCCUGCUGAUCCACCUUCCCUGCCAAUCAUGAUCUCUCUUCCUUAAAUUCUGGGCACACCUCUGG